AUGAAAGGUAAUCCGGAAAUUCAGGGGAAGAACCACGCGUGCUUCGCUUUCGCUUUUCCACACCAACCACCGCACUUCACUCGCAGGGAAUCCGUUGUUUCAAACGCCCAAAUCACUUUGACUCAAGAGACUAGAACUCUUAGUCUUCCCCAAUCACUUGGUCAUACGAAUAGUCAAGUAGCAGCCAUGGCUCCCCAGAAGAAGAAGCAGCACAACUACGAGUUUGGCGGCCCCCCCGGCGCCACGGCUAUCAUCUUCGGGCUUCCCGUGCUCCUGUGGGCCUUUUUCUUCGUCUGCAACGACAAGACCGGCUGCCCGGCCCCGUCCACCCUGAGCCCUCGCACCUUGACCUUGGAGAGGCUCAAGGCCGAGACGCCAUGGCCCGCCGACGGCAUCUGGGGUUUCUGUAGCUGGGAGGUCAUGGGCUGGACUCUGGCCUAUUACCUACUCAGCCUGGUGCUCUACCGCGUCCUCCCCGCCCAGGAGCUGGUCGGCACGAAGUUGCUUCAGUCUGGCAAGGCCUUGAAGUAUCGCUUUAAUGCCUUUGGCGCAUCCGUCGUCCAGCUCGCCGCCCUGGCCGUCGGCACCUACCUCCACGGCGCCGACUUCGUCGUCUGGACCUUCAUCUCGGACAACUACCUGCAGCUGCUGACGGCCAACAUCAUCAUCGCCUACGUCAUCACCAUCUACGUCUACGUCGCCAGCUUCGGCGUGAAGCCGGGCAACCCGGACCUCCGUGAGCUCGCCGUCGGCGGCAACACCGGCAGCCUGAUCUACGACCUGUACAUCGGCCGCGAGCUGAACCCCCGCGUCACCCUGCCGCUCUUUGGCGAGGUUGACAUUAAGGCCUGGCUUGAGAUGCGGCCCGGCCUGACUGGCUGGGUCAUUCUCAACCUCGCCUUCUGCGCCAAGCAGUACCGCUCCUUUGGCUACCUCUCCGACAGCAUCAUCUUCACCACCGCCGUCCAGGCCUACUACGUCCUCGAGGGCCAGUACAUGGAGGCCGGCCUGCUGACCAUGAUGGACAUCACCACCGAUGGCCUGGGCUUCAUGCUCACCUUUGGCGACAUCGCCUGGGUCCCCUUCCUCUACUCCACCCAGACCCGCUACCUCUCUGUCUUCCCCGUCCAGCUAGGCUGGGCCGGCGUCGCCGGCGUCUCCGCCGUCUUUGCGACCGGCCUCUACAUCUUCCGCGCCUCCAACAACCAGAAGAAGGUCUUCCGGACGCAGCCCGACCACCCAAGCGUCAGGGACAUGCCCUUCAUCCAGACGAAGCGCGGCACGCGCCUGCUCACCGGCGGCUGGUGGGGCGUGUCGCGCCACAUCAACUACUUUGGCGACUGGCUCCAGGCCUCGCCCUUCAGCCUGCCGACGGGCAUCGCCGGCUACCAGAUCCUGACUGCCGGCAGCGCCGUCUCCGGCGCCGUCACGAUGCUCGACGGCCGGGAGGUCGUCCAGGGCGCCGCGCGCGGCUGGGGCAUGAUCUUCACGUACUUCUACGUCGUCUACUUCGCCACCCUGCUCAUCCACCGCGAAGGCCGGGACGACGCCGCCUGUGCGGAGAAGUAUGGCGAGGACUGGGUCAAGUACAAGAAGGUCGUCAGGUGGAGGAUCCUGCCCGGGAUCUACUAGAUCGGUUUCGACAACGGGGGUUUUUCUGCCUCCGCACUGCCAGUCUACCACGCAGUUGGACGAAUGGUGAAGGGUCUAAUCCACAAGCCAUGUAGUAAUUCGAGAUUGACAUAGAAAGGUUAGAUAGAAUAGGCGAGUUGCGCCGUGUCCACGCAGCGCUGGGUCGAUCAAAAAGCGUCAUGCUGCUGGUGCUAACCAAUACGUUUUCGUAAAUAGGCUGUAGAACAUUUGUCGCGUCUUGUUGAAGUAUGAGCAGGCUCUUUGACCCGUCUUUCUGACCGCACUUUGGAGGUUUAAUGGAUCAUGAAAGUGUUCAAUUUGAUCUUUCCGGUGAC